AUUACUCUUCCGUUUUGAAUAUUUAGCUAUUUUGUUUCCUUUCUAGAUUGUACUUUUGUUACUGAUAAUGAUUUGUAUUCGUUGUGGCUAAUGUGGUUAAAUAUAACAAUGGACUUUUUCCGUGUUAGCUGAGCUUCACAUAAACAUUGAUAACUCACACGGACUUGAUGCCCAAACGUGUCACGAGUGAUGUCACUAUGCUUGUCAUGUUGAUUUAUACUCUAUAUUGAUACCUGAAAACUGUUUUGAAGAGUUUUUGAAUUUAGUGUUAACCGACGGCGUUCAUAAUUAGUCUGGUAAGUUACGAUUUCUGUGUGCAUAGCAUGGGGGAAUGGGGUGUCGUGGAGAUGGCGUGUCGUGAUUGUACCUAAUUACGAUGACCACAACUUGGAGUGAUAGUUAUAGACGCCAAAUGAAACCUGAAGAUACAUUGCUGACUUGUAGAGAAUAGUAAAUUGUAUAGGCAAUGACGAUAGGGCAAGUAAAUUGGGCAUUGCCAAAAUAUAACUUUGGGGUAUGUCGGCAUUUAACGGAAACUAAUAUUUCCAUCGCAUCACUUAUGAAGACACCAAAGCAGUAAAACGACAUAAGGAAAUGAACGAGACUGACGAAAUCGAGCACCUUCCUCCUUCACGAGAACACAAGUGGUAGUCAUGGCAACGGGUGGCACAUCGCAAGUGUCGUCGUUGGAAUCGGCUUUGCUCUGUGGAAUCUGCCUCUCCGAGUUCGAUGCCACGCUCAGGAGGCCUCUCAUCCUGCCCAAGUGCGGCCACACCUUCUGCAGGAUCUGUUUGAAGAAUCUGGCAGCUCGAGGAGAGGUUACGUGUCCUUCUUGCAGGUGUAGAUACCAAGAUGUAAAUCCUGAUGAACUUCCGAUCAAUUUUAACGUCCAGUGUUUAGCCAGCUCAGACAGGCCGUUCCCAACGUGGACGAAGUACUCCGAAACCCGAGACACGGACUGCCAGAUCCACGGCGUCAGACUAGCCUUCUGGUGCAAAACGUGCGAAACAGCAGCUUGUGGGGAAUGCCUCUUUGAGCAGCACCCUCGCCCCGAACACAACACUUGUCGUAUUCAGGAGGUUAUACAGCAAAUCAAGGGUCUAGCUGAGAAACUCUCCCAAGAAAGCUGCGUGGAGAUCGUCGUGCGUCUGGGCGAGACCAUCCGGGGCACCUUGAACUAUGUGUCAGACCUUCAGGAAGCAGCACACCUCCUGCAGGAGACGGCCAGGGUCAAUCGCAACGCCCUGGCUGCGCAGGACCUCCCCUCCAUCACUUCCGUCUUCGAGUCGGCAAAAACCGUAAAGCAGCGAGUCUCAGCGCUCGACCGAUCGGAAGAACAGAGCAACAGAUCUGCAUUGGCGUCCCUUAACACUUUGCCGACAACAAGGCCCGCGAUCCUGGCACUCAGUGACAAUGGGUCUCUCGGUCGUGUAGAAGUUGAGGAGAAGGGGAUCCACCUGUAUAGUCUUAGGCCGCCGUCUACGGCCUAUAGUGUGGCAAUGAAGCUUAACGUGCUGACGGCCUGUGUGAGCAAGGAGAGCCCACACGUGUUCCUGGACAUCUCGGCCGGCGAGCGUCGCUUCGGCAGAGUCUACAUUGAACUGGAAGGACAUAUGAAACGAGCCCAGCAGUUCAUGGCGCUCUGCCUCGGCAACCUCGGUUUCUCGUACCGCAACACCAGGUUUGACGGGAUAAGCGAGCGAGGGCAGCCCGGGACCUACAUCCGCGGGGGGGAUUACCAGGGCAGGGGGGGACUCGGGGGGGAGGCGCUCAUGGAUGGCCUGGAGUGGGGAGGAUCGUGGGCAAAGCCUAAAGCCGCGGGACAAGUUUGCGGCGUCGGCGGCGAGGAACAGAGGAGGUUUGGGUCACUCUUCGCCAUCUGCCUGAAGGACAACCCGCAGGACACGUUCCAGUGCCCAUUCGGCGUCGUCACAGAGGGGCUCCAGGCGCUGGAAGUGGCCAGCAGACACGAUCCCUUCCACAUGGUCCAUAUCAGUGACUGUGGUAUUGUGAUUCCUUUAUGAGGGGCAAAUGGUGGUUCCCGGCAGCUAUGGUGAAAUACUGUGCAAGGAGUAAUGUGUACGUCAUUUUUUUGUAUGCUUGAAGUGAUGAUCUACGGUACUUUUCUUUUCCUUUUCUUAAGAAAAUUACAGAUAAAGCACACACAUACACACAAACACACACACAUACACACACACACACACACACACACACACACACACACUCACACACACUCACACACACACACACACACACACACACACACA